UACUGAGAUUGAGGCGAUCAGGCGAGAACUGCAAACAGGGGCGCUUGUCUACUGGGAACGCAAGGUGCAUGGACCCCAGUUUGAAUAAUGAGGAACAUCUUGAGGAACCCAUAGAAGGGGGGUUGCAAAUGGGAUCUACGUCUUUAAUGCGACAUAUCUAAGCUGCUGCAUCAACACAGAGACAACAUAUUCGUAGAGGGAUGAAUCUCCUUCCAUUCUGUGGAGGCCCCCAAUUUGUGUCCGAUGGAUUUCCCCGUGAACAUUGCAUUGCUUGGCACCAGCAAUUCCACUGCUCCAGACAACACCUCUGGCACGGGUUUAACGCUGGAAAUAGUCACCAUAGCACCGGUGUUACACAGCUUUUUUACGAAGGCCAGUCAUGGAAACCUUACGGGAGGAGGCGAGGAGAACCAACAACACACACCCGUGCAGAGCGCGGAGGGAAACUCGGUCCUCCAGGGAAUCACGGUGGCAGCUCAAGCCUUGGUGCUACUGGCUAUCUUCCUCCUCUCUAGUUUAGGGAAUUCUGCGGUGGUAAUUGUCAUAAUAAAACAUCGACAGCUGAGAACCGUUACCAAUGCGUUCAUCAUGUCCCUUUCACUGUCUGAUUUCUUGACGGCCGUUCUUUGUUUACCGUUCUCGUUCAUGAUGCUCUUCAGCAAGGAUGGUUUGUGGAUGUUUGGAGACCGCUUCUGCGUCGCCAACGGGUUCUUCAACACAUGCUUUGGUAUUAUUUCCACACUGACAAUGACCCUAAUUUCUUUUGACCGGUAUUAUGCCAUCGUGAGGCAACCUCAGGAGAAGAUAGGCAGGAGGAAGGCCAUAACGCUGUUGGUGGCAGUGUGGUUAACAGCAGUGUUUUUCUCCUUACCAUGGUACCUGGUGAUGCGAACAUCCAAGGAUCUAGUCGUCCAUAAAAGGGGCUUCUACCACUGUAUGUAUGUCUUUCACACUGGUACUUCUAGGAUGGGUACCUCUUACAGUAUAGCUUUAAUAGUGGUGUGUUAUCUGAUUCCGUUUGCGCUCAUGUGUUUCUGUCAUUACAACAUAUGUAAGACCGUUAGGUUAUCAGAAAUAAGGGUGCGGCCGGUGACCACUUAUGCGUAUUUACUCCGGUUUUAUAGUGAGAUGAGGACGGCCACGACAGUGCUGAUUAUGAUAGUGUUUAUCAUCUUCUGCUGGGGACCCUACUGUCUGAUGGGUAUCAUCACCGCAGUGGGAGAUUACUCAUUCAACCCGGUCAUGGACACGGUGGCCAUAUGGAUGGCAUGGGCAAACGGUGCCAUAAACCCACUCAUUUACGCAAUUAGAAACCCAAACAUAUCGAUGCUUUUAGGCCGAAGCCGAGAGGAGGGAUAUAGGACUAGAAACAUUUCUGCCUACCUAUCCACACAAACCCAAAGCAGGGAUGUAAAAACCAGGGCCGACCGAAUCAGAGACCGGUAUGUGAGCAGGCACGGUGCAAACAGCCGGUUGUCUUCCUCCAGCCCAGCGAACGGAGGAGAGGUUGCGAUGUGGGCUUGUAAAAACCCCGCGGUGUUCUUCUGUAGGGAUGCUCAGCUCGAUACUGUGUCCGAACCCACGGUGCCAAAAGUUGAAACUGCAGAUACCAGUCUGUGAUCAUCAUUCUUUUAUUUGAAUGUCAAAAUGUUGAAGUAAUUUAAUGUGCCAAACGUUUGAACAAAUGGAGAAAUCAGGGGGAAAGUAGGCCUAACUGUUAAUUAGUGAUAAGGGAUAUAAAAGUUAGACCUAUGAAGUGCCAACGCGCGUUUGGACACUCUUUAUGCAGUGCCAAGCGCUCUACACACUGUGAUGGAACAGAGUGCACAUUUAAAAGCACAACUUAUUUUCAGAUCAUUUAAGCAGUGUGAUUUAUAAGAUGCUCAAAAUGAUUGAACAUCUCAUUUGAAUAUAUGUAUUACUUUAUGCCUUAUCGGAUAAAUGUUUAUUGCGCAACCUUUACCACUGGGCACAGACAUCAGUUCAAUGUCUAGUUUUGAUUUACAUUUGGUUGAGAUGUCAAGUAAUGUGAAUUCAACGUGAAAUCAACAAAAAAUAUCACCACGUCAUUGGAGUUAGAUUAAAAGUUGGGAGAAAAAAACAGUUGGGUGACUUUUCAAAUCCAAUCUGUUUUCCACCUUGAUUCAACGUCAUCACAUUCAAUUUUUGGGUUGAAAUGAGUGGAAACUAGGUUGAUUCAACCAGUUUUUGCCCAGUGGGUUGCUUCCUGAGGUUUGGGCCAUCUUAUGACAACAUUAAUUCAAAGGGCAUAGUUCAUUGAACCUAAAUGAGAAUGUUUCAUUUGUUCAUUUUAAAGCAAAUUUCCCACUUCUCAAUGUGUCCUAUAGAAUCAAUAAUAUGAACAAUAUUACAUAAGUGACAGUAUUUCGUUUCCACUUUGAGGCAUAGUUUAUUGCUAUAGUUUUAAACUUGUGUCAAAUGUGGCACCCCAAACCACUAAAUUCUAUUGAACACCUGUACUAACCCAAAGAAAAAAACUGAAUAAUGGUGAUAGCUGUUUAAUUUAGGCUGAUUUCCUUUUGAGUCGGGAUAGUGCAUUUAUCCUAAUUUAUACUGUAUUCAAGGUUGAGCUUUAAUUUGGAAUACUGUGAAGGCUUCAGUCAUUUAAAUCAAGUGUGUGCUUUGAUUUAUUGAUGUUCAAGAUGUCAUGUAUGGCUGGCCAUAGCAAUUUGCUAGAACAUGAAACAAUGCUAUGAAAGCACAAUAUUUUGUAUUUGCCUGUAUAAAAAAAGAGUGUCUUUUGAAUACCAUACUCAUUAACUUAGUUUGUCCAUUUAAAUGUAAUAAUUAUUGCUUGCCAUAAAAAAAGCUGUGAGUUGUCAAGUUGUUUGUUAAAUCAUAUUUUAACUUAAAAUUGAUAAAAUAAAUGUUUUGAAGCAUAA